AUGAAAGCUGGACGGCAGCUCAAAUAUUUCUGGCUCGGCUGGGGCUCUUUCUUUGCUGGGGCGGCAGAGGAACUUGAAGCACAGUACAUGAACUGCGGCCUCGACUCGGACCUGGAUGCGCAGACCAAGGACAGCACGCGCCGCGGCAUCAAGACCCUGAGAACGGAUAAGGAUGAACAGCCGACUCUAAGUUCGCCGAAGGAACGGCCCCGAUGCUUGCUCGAGGCGGCUCAGGAGAUCGGCAAGGCACCAAGGCAAGACGGCCGGGCCUAUGGGAUGUGCGAGAAUCGCAUUCUCUGUCUCGGCAGCCAAAUAAAUCUCUCGCUUUUGAGCCGGAACUCGGCGUUCGACUCGGGCCCAAAUGCAAAAGCUGACGGGAUUGUCCGGUUUCUGCCGUCGCUGAGGUGCGGUGGCCUGAUUUGA